AUGUCACAUAACAAUAAUUAUCAACAAAUACAAGAAUUAGUUUCUUCAAUUCCAUUAUCAACUAAAGAUCAUCUUCGUACUCAACAAAAAGAUAUUGUAUGUAAUGAUUGUGGUGGUAUUUCUGCUGUUAAAGUUCAACAUUUAUUAUCAACACUCGAAGGUACAACACAACUAUUUAAUACAACACCAUCAACAAAUAGUAUUAUUGAAAAUACAACAAAAUCUAAUAAUAUUUAUCGAAAAACUAAUAACCAAUCAAAUACAAUAAACAAGAAAAAAAAUUUAACAUGUAAUAAUAGUAAAAAAAAAACUUCAUUACGACGAACUAUGAAAAAUAAUAAUAAAAAUAAAAAUAUGAAUAAAAAAAUUCAACAUUCAACUAAACAACGAAAGUUAAGUAUUAAUCGAAUUCAAUCAUCACAAUAUAAAAAUAAUAAAAAACAAGCAAAAUCAAAGAACAAUAAUACAAUUAAAAUUAAGAAAUUAUCAUCGAAAAAUAAAUUAAAAUUAAAAUAA